CACGGAGUUCCUACAGAACAAGUGGAAGAAGGCGAAGACGCUGUACACAUUCCGAUAAUUUUGACCGCGCUAUUUACUUACUUUCAAAGGCGACAGUUGUUUUUUUUCCGAGCGAUUCGUCGUACAUGUUUCUCUUGGUUGUACUGGAGGGUUGCAUUUCCUGGAAUAAUAACGUGAGUCCAUGAUUUUACAACUUCUACGAUUCUAGACUAGAAAAAUAUGUGAAUCAGAAACUACUAACUCUAACAUCAAGAAGGAGUAAGUUAUACAGAAAAAAUGGCGAAGGUUGCUCCGUUUGAUUUUGGGCCACCUACUGGCCGCGGGAUGCGCGCAUUGAAGGACUUGGACCAGGGUGAAGCUCUGUUAAGAGCACCAGCACCCUUACUAGUCACUCCGCGUCGAUGUCGGCAGGUCCUAAAGAAGUGGAUCCAAAGGUGGUGCCCGCAAACCACGAAACUUGAGCAGCAGCAGCUUGGUUCUUCUUGUGGAAAACUAUCUUCGAAUCUGGAUUUCAGUCCUGCAGAUUUUUCUAGUACUGCGGCAGACAAUUUUAGCAGUACCACGUCUAGUGAUGUAAAUGGAACUAGGAAUACAAUGUGGGUUCAAGUCCGAAGAGACUCCGACUCAGUUCUGAGUGCGUGUCGCGCGUGCGGAAUUGAUGAGGACAAUGAUACUGCACGGCUGACAUGCCUCGGGGAAACUUUACCGGUGUUAGAGUACGAUCCCUCGGAUGACACAGUGGCCUUGGAGAGUCGUGCGGAUCGCCAGACGCUGUGGUUUCCUUUGCAAGCCUUACAGAAAGUACAUUCACUUGACUCUGCUCUACAAGCAGUGUCGGACGAAAACGCACUCGUUCUGGCGGUGCUUGCUGCAAAAAAAUGGCGCUCGUCCUACAUUGGAGGUGCAGCGUCUGAUGUUGGGAAAGAUGCUGAGAGCACUAGUACAACUUCUGUAUUCGUCGCAAAAAAUGAUAAGUCACCUUUGAAGAUCAUUUGUGGAACGAACAAUAUGAUGUGCCUGUUGGAUGAAGCAGCGGCGUGCCCGGGCCUUACACGACUGAUCGAAGAAAUGCCUGUGGCUACUGUAGGACUCCCUGCUGAGUGGACAUGUGCGGAAAUCGAACUCCUACGUGCCUCCCCAAGAUACGAGUUGGCAAAAAAACAGCGGGAGCAGGUGCAAGAGGCGCGACAUCGUUGUAGAGGCGCUUUGUCGGCUUUUUUUUCGACUGUGAAGAUGUCAACAGAAAGAGUUGGUGGAGACAUCAACUGCAGUAGUGGAAAUAUAGCAGAUGAAUCGAUUUUAGACUGCUUGUGCGGAGAGAAUUUCGACGAAUUCUUGUGGGCUUGGACCCGCGUUGCGAGUCGUCAUCGGACGCGCAUGGCCUUCCGUACUGCCGUGCCCGAGAUCGAGGGAAAAACGCUGAUGAUUCCUGGUGGGUUCGACAUAUUCAAUCACAGUGUGGCUGUUACCCCAGGUUGCAGUACCCGAGAAGCAAUAGUUGGCGGUGCCUUGAUUGAGAAGGAAGCUACAACUCUCAGUUCUGAAGGUACUUUAAAAUCUCUAGAAUCUACACCCUCUACGACCGGUGAUGAAAGCGACGUCGAAGACGGCGAGAAAGGGACGAGAGAAGUCCAAGUAAUCGCACAUCAAGUUGACGGCGAGACGUCUAAAUUUAUUUCGAGGACGCGCGAACCUGACUACGAGAUUCGUCUGCUAUGCCAGCAACCUGGAGGUGUAAAAGAGGGAAAAGAGGUGUUUAUUUCCUAUGGUGCAAAGUCGAAUCACGAGCUUUUGCUAGGCUAUGGGUUUACGAUUCCGGACAACGCGGCCCAUGAUUUUUUCGAAGUACUUCUUGACUUGCAGAAAUUCCACCUCGCUAAAGAAGGCCUGGCAGUGCCACCAGCUGGCGGAGAGGUGCGCGUCGAACUUGCGAUGCGUUUUUUGCAAAGAGGUGCGGAAAGCGAAUUACUGGAAUAUCAGAGUGUCCCACCUACUAUGUACGCUGACGAGGACGAUGGUUUACACCCACCGAAUCGCUGUCCACGUGUUGUUGCCAAGAUCAAGCGAAGGUCCUAUAUUAACGCAAAAAGUGAUGGUGAAAAUAUCAAAGAUUCAACACUGUUAAACAAGUGUGCAAUGCCCAGAGAGUUUUUGGCGCUGGCACGACUCGAACAACUCUCAGAUGCGGAGCUGCUGACUUUGUCCAGAACCUCUUCCUAUCCUCUGCAUGAGGCACUUCUAUUCAGUGAUCUCUCGACAACUACAUCUGCGCCUAUGAAAUCGAACACUGACAAUUUUGCGCUGUUGCGGGCGGAGUUGAAAGCGACGAGGGGUUUCGCAGAUCACUUUCGCGCAACCUUGAAGCGAUACGAAGAUUCAGAUAUCAAACAUGUUGGUGCUCCUACGUCGCAACAGCACGAGGGCCGCUCUGUCGAUCCCAUUCGACAGCAAAUUGCUGCGACGUUGCUCAAUUCCGAAAAGGAAAUUUUGGAGGAUUCUUUGAGAGAAUGCGAAGACGCAUUUCGCGCUGUGCUGCGUACGGCUCUACCAUCGAUGGUUGCAGCAAUCGCACGCAAGCGGGAAGACUUUAUGCAAAUCGAGAGUGGUGGUCCGCGUUCUCUUCUUGCAGAAGAAAGGUCCAAGCUCGAAGAAAGUCGGGCAAAGGUGGCACGAAUGCGAUCGGACACGAGUCAGCUUUUCAGCAUCCUACUCACAUCAACAAACGAGACUGAUUCCUGCUCGGCAUCAAGCACAAGAACCUCAAGCUACCCUAGUUCAUCGGUUCUCACUACGAAUCGAUGUUGGUCCUCUGUAUGCGACCUACUUUUUCGAGCUGCUUAUGGUUUGGAACACCUCCAAGAAGAAAGUUUACAGACACAUGUUGACGCCAUUUUCCCCAAAAUCCCAGACAGUGGAGCAGCCCAAAUAGAAGUCGAGAAAAAUUUUAUUUUCAGCGACUACACGAAGUUGCAUUUAGAGAAGACAUCAUUUUGGGGCCGGUGGCUGUUUGCGCAGGCUUUGGCUUGUGAUGGUCUCUUGUCGCAAAGUGAUAUGUCCACCAUGUGCAUGGAAGCGAUAGACAUCCGGAAAAAACACGCCUGGAGCAUACUUCCCUAUGAGCCAGAGUUGUUCGACAAGCUGUUGUUCUCGACGUUGACGAGAGAACGUCCAUCAUCACAAGAAGAACAUGAUUAUCAAUAUGUGCCAAUGAUUGAGUUGGGCGCUGGACGUGGGUUGUGGGCACAAACACUGCAUCAACGAUUCCAUAAGGGUGGUUCUACCACUUCAGGGAACAACGCAUCCAACAUGAUUCGUGCAUUCGAUCUAGGUGCCUGGGAUGCGAAAUUCGCUGCGAAGAAUCAAGCAGGAGAGCCCACUACUACAACACUGCAGAUGGACGACGACAAGCCAGAACAACACAUUCACAGAGAAGAAUCAUCAGACGAUCAUAGGAGUGAAAAGGCUUCGCCCCUUGUGAUCGAAGUGGGAGGCCCAGAUGUACUCGAUGGCCUGUUCCUGGACAAGAACACGCAUGAAGGGGAAAAUGCGGGAUUGAUGAUACAAGACGAGCAACGGGGCCCUAAAACUUUGGCUCUGAUGUGGCCGGACUAUGAGGCGAAAGGCACGUUUGGAUUGGAGUGCGUGCGCAGAUGGGAGGGUGAGUUCCUGUUCUUGGUAGGAGAAUGGGGAUCAUGUCCAGGAGGCAAAGAAAGAACCUUAACUUUUUCUUCUCACACUCAAAGUCCUCCUAGUUAUGGGUAUAGCUGUAACGGGUAUCUACGUCUCUUCCCGCAAUACCCACGUGGACAAUCAUUCUCUGUCGAGUUUCAGGACCUAGUUGAGAGAGACUUCGACAUUAUCCACUCAUUCGAACUGCCACACUGGCCGCUCGCUCGCGACGUUGCCCGCAUUUGGAAGAGAAGACCGCAAAAGAGCAGCUCUCGAAGACACUAGUAAAGAACUCAACUACGAAGAUUCAGGGAAGUCGUAGGCCCGAUCCGAACCGACUAACAUCGCCAAAGUGGGAGGGAGUGGGAAGGUGAAUAUUGAAUAGCGUUAAGGUGGACGAAUCGAGAAUAUUUUCGACAGCAAAUUCAAGAGAAGAAUGUUCACGCUUCAAAGAUAAUCGUAACUCUUCAAUACGAGGAGAGCCCUCUUUCACCCCCACUGCUCAACUCGAUAAUCCCCAUUUUUUCUACUUUUACGUGGUAGAGGAAAAUCACUCUCUCAUCACUAUCACAGAA